CGCAUCACACUCCGAUAACGCUCAGUACAAUGAAGACGAUUUUGUUGUUGUGUUUCGCGAUGGCUUCGGCCCUUCCGGCACAAGAAGAAGCCAGGGGCUCCCGCAACGCGGUGCAGACCGAGAACGACCUCCUCGACACGAUCUACAACGACUGCCUCCGCAAAGACACCACGAGCUGCCUCAAGUACAAGCUGUUCUCGUUCGUGGACAAAAUGUUGGGGCACAAGGACACGAUCACGGUCACGGAAGGAGUGCAAAUUAUCAAGACCGGGAGUGACUCCGGGGCGCCGAGAGCCCUCAACGGAGACGAGACCAUCGAAGGGUUGAUCCUCUCCAGAAUUCAGUCCUUCCUGGAGUCGCACAGCAUCAAGGUCGAUAUUAAGGGCGCCGACAUCGUAAACGCCGUUUCCUCGACCGCCCGAUCCUUCAACGACGUUCUCGAUGACCUUUCCGAAGACGGAAACUCAGUCGAAGAAGGCCGUGGGAAGAAGAAGAAGGCGCAGAAAAUUCUCGGGCCUUUGAUGGCCGCCGCCGCUCUCAAGGCCGCCGUCCUCGGGAAGUUGGCUUUGGCCGCUAUCGCUCUGAUCGCCGGGAAGGCCCUUCUCAUCGGCAAGAUCGCGCUGGUCCUUUCAGCCAUCAUUGGGCUGAAAAAGCUCCUCGGAAGCGGGGGCAAGCACGUGACGUAUGAGGUGGUUUCGCACCCCCAGCACUCGUCUAGUCACGUCAGCAGUCACGAGACGGUGUACGGAGGCAGCGGAGGCGGCGGCUAUGGCGGCGACGUCGGCGGCGGCUACUCCUCGUCGGGACACGGAGGCUGGGGAAGGUCUCUCGAUGCCCAACAGUUGGCCUACAGAGGGCACCCUCAAGCUCAGUAGAUCCGGUGGAGCCGGGCCUGUACCUGCAAAUUCUCAGCGAGAUCUAGUUCCGGCCGAUGUGGCUGUAUUAUUUAUGGUUUUAUUUAUGUAUUUAUUAGUCUGUACCGACGAACAAAGACUAAGUACCAGCUAGCUUUAGAUUUAGAUUAAGUGUUAUUUUUGACGAGUCAAUAAAGAUGUAUAUGAAGAA